AUGCCUGCGCCAAGAAUCCGCCCAACGCCACCAAAAAAAUUUAAACUCACAAAACGAUCAAUAAUGUUGUCCCAAGCGCUAAUGCUGUCGAAGUCGGUGUCUCAGCCAUAUAGGCACUAUUAUUGUGAGUUUGGAACUUUUCCAAAGAACAAACUGUUAACAAACGCAAUCAUGAUUAUAUUCUGGAUCAGAUCCAAUGAUUUAGUUAAUUGUGUUUGUGUCGUCAUUGAAUUAAUUACCUAA